AUGAUGGAAAAUAACAGUAUAAAUUCACAAUCCUUAUCAUAUUUCUUAGCUUCCAGCUUGCAAGUUCGUUUGAUUCGCAUUGGUUACUGGGUCUACGAACAAAUAUCAAACAUAUAUGUCAGCGGAAUUUUACUGACACAAAAUCUUCUAGAGGAAUUAAAAAGUAUUCAAUUACUACAAGAGUCUACUCUUCAAGAGAAAAUCAAUGCAGUCAAAAGAGAAAUAGAAGAAAAAGAAGAUCAUUUUCUAAAGAAAAUCUCUGAAGCGAAAGAUUUCUAUCAGAGAACUUCAGAUGAAAGAGAACGCACGGAGGAACAUUACAAACACUUGAUUGCCGAAAAGGAGAAGGAUAUCAAAGAUUCAACUGCAAGAUUUAGAGAUCGCUAUCAAAGUUACAAAGAACGCUUACUUCAUAUCAAAUCUGCUAUUCAAAACGAGAAAAAAUUGCAAAAUGAAAUAGAGGAAGAACGGGAAAAGUUUCUUACUGAAUGGACAAUGGAAAAAUGGAACGUUUUUGUUGGAUCACCGUCUGAGAGAUUGCUGAAAAAGGAUCUUCGAAAGCAACAAAAACAACUCGAGCUGGAAAUGGAAAAUAUGCGAAGACAGUUAACUCAAGAAAAGAACCUGGGAAUGGACUUAGAUAAGGAAAUUGGAAGAAAAACUGAUGAUUACACUAUAUUGCUACGUAAAAUAGAAGAUAUUAAAUUUCGGAUGAAUCAAAUCUGUGAUGAUAUUUCAAGAUUGGAGUGCGUCAUAAACGAAUAUGUGAGUUUUAAGUUUCAAAUCACGAUUCCGGGAAGUGUAAAAGUAAAACAUAGCUAG